AUGGUUAUCCGAGUGAAUAUCGCGGAUGCUCCAGUUUGGGAGGAUCACUACCCGAACAUGGUGAUGAGAAACACAAAAAUAGGAGUUCUGAUGAAGCCCGUGGUGACCGUGAGUGUCGAAGGUCUUGAGGUCGACUCCCAGUAUGCCGCUAUUCUCGAGUUCCAACGUGCCGACGAGUUCAAGUUUGUGCUUUUGUGUUUUGUCUGCAUCUAAUUCAAGUCGCUCUUUCAGAUAUCUAUAUUAUAAAGGAGCAUGGAAGAAUAACAGAAGACUCGAACCAAUCGAUCAACAACCUCAAUUGCUGCAACACCCGGACGGCGUGAAGUCCGGAGCCGAAUGGAUGAGUCAGCUGAUUAGAUGGGAGGCCAUCAAGCUAGGAAACAAAAAUUCUUCUGUGUCAGAUGUGUCGGUGAGUAACCAAUAAUAACUUGAAGACUAUUAGGGAUUCAACGUGAGCUUGAAGGUCGUUCUUAUUGGCGGAUGUCGUUACGUCCCGGCUGUCAAGUUUCGCAACUUGACCAAAUCCGAGACCACCCGUUCGUGCACACUCGAAAUUGCAAAAUUUUUCGCGUCGAGCACAAUCAGUGACGGUAUGCGCAAGUGGAAAAAGGAUAUCAUGACCAUUAAUGUACCGUUUAUACAAUUGAUAGCUAGUUGAGAAAAAAACAAAUGUUUUACAGGGCUUACAAGUUAAGGCAUCCCAGUUGGUGUUUGUGAACGAUGCUAAUGGUGAACAGAGAGGCGUUGCCGAGAGACGUAAUGCACAGCUACCGCGAAAUCCCGUCGUUGUCAAUCCGGUGCCUCAGGUCGAUAUGUAUGACGUCAUGAAUGCAUUUGACUUUCAGUGUUAAAACACGUAUUUAUUCUAGAUUUUCCAAACUAUCUGUAUUGUAUAAUUUCUCAGUGAGAAUAAAGGUGCUUCUUUUUUUACAUUCAACAGUUCACCAGAUUCAAAUCGACAAUCUGACUACGCGGCUUGCCGUUGUAUUUAGGGAUCCGGAGAUUCCGAUUGGUCUCAAGGAAUCUAUGAUUUCCACUUCGUUGAACGAAGCUCCUGUGGAGGACAUUAUUCCAAUCGACCCGGAAUCAAUUCAACUAUGACUGGAGUCGCGGCUAUCCUCGAAUGGACCCCCGAGCAGUCUCCUCCUCCGUAUUACUAGUAAGUUUCUCUGUCUACUUCAAACGAGCAUAACCCAUCCUUCAUUUGUCUCUUUUCCUGUAGAAUUAGUUCCCCUCCCCCUCUUUAGUUAAUUUCUUCCGAAAUGGUCCUAGCCAUUCCGUUAUGUGAUUUGAAAAAAGGAAAAGGUCAGUACACAAGAGAGCGGCUCACAAAAAGCCGCCUGGUCGUUUAAAAAAAGAGAAAGUGUGAGGUAAUGGAUAUUCGAAAUAACGCGCACAUGCAAACAAUUGUUCGAACUUCGCAUAAUUUCGGUGCUAGAUGACAGUGGUUCAAAGCUUUUUAGAUUUUCUUUGGAGGCAACAAUCGCACAGAAGCAGUGAGCUCUGAAACAUCGAAAACGAGUUGAACCGUCGUUGUAGCUUCACUUGAUUUCAAUUUUUCAAUUUAAAAACCUUUGAUCCUUGACUUUUUACUUAUCCCCGCUCUUUUCCCGCCCUUUUUCGAAUUACAUCAUUCGAAGAGAGUGGCUGCUGAUAUUGCGUGAAUCACCACGCUUGUCUCCGAUAUUCUCCCAAAAAUCUGUGCAUUAGGAACAUAUGUAUCAUCGGCAAACAAGCGUCCGGAGCCCCUCCCCCUCACAUCUACAUGCCUCCUCGCUUCUCUACCAAUCACUCGUGCGCCCUCCGUUGUUUUUCCAUUGUCCGUCACGUUGCUUUCCCAGCCCAUUCUGACUUUGCCAAACUGUUUUCGCUGCGAGUCCUAUGUUGUUGCGCGCGCACACUUUUUUCUACGAUGCAGCUCCUCCCUCCCAUCCUUCUCCCUGUUCACAUCUACAUACAUCUCUCCUCCAAUACCGAUUACCGAUUCUCUCCCAACUACCCGUCAUUUUUUCCCCAUGUUUUGCUCCCUCUUCUAAACUGUUUCGCACUAUCACAUUAGGGCCUACCACGAGACCGUUUUUCUUCUUCUGUCGGUGUCCGUCUUUUCUCUAUGCAACAUCACUGGGGUCCAAUAAUCCGUUUCGAUUUGUCCAGACUUUAUCGACUGGCGAUGACUGCCAGCGCAGUCACCGUCCGGCUUGUGGACAGCCACUUGUGGACGCAGUGGUACCCAAUGAUGGAGAUGAGAACCUCUCCUGCAGGCAAGCACAUGCUCCCACGGUUAUCCUUCCAAGCUCAAGGGCUCGAUCCUGACCGCCAAUACGAUGUUUACCUGGAGUUUUGGAGAGUGGAUGGACAUCGGCAAGUUGCUUUUGCAAAUUUCUAAUUCCAGACAAAUCAAAUUGUCUCAGGUGGCUGCACAUCAAUGGAAAAUGGCAGCAAAACGGUCCAGCUGCUCCGGCAGAAACCCCUAAGCAGAUCCGUCCGAAUGGUGGUGUCCGAAGUGGGAAAGAGUGGAUGGAUGAGCCGAUCUCAUUCUGGGAUGUUUGUCUGGGAACAAGUCGUUCUAUUCCCACUUCUACUCUGGUACGCUCUUUAGCUUAAAGUGAUGAUUAACGUUUUUCCUUCAAGGCGCCACUUCGUGGAAAUCACCGUUACGCUCCUAUGCUCACCAUCGUCGAUGUGGAAUCAGGAAGAGACGUUCGAAACAUGUGCUUCCUUAACGCAUCGUUUUUUCCGGUCUCGAACUAUAACAAUGCGCAGAUUGGACAGUUUAAAUUUCAUUUACAUAUAAGUGAGGUUAGUUCGUCCAAAAAAUAAAAUUUCAUUAAUUGCAGUUUUCAGAAAAACCAGUGCCAUUUGAUGACGAAUCGCCGCUAUGAUUACGUCGACCACGGAUAUGUGAUUGAUUUGAAGGGAGUGAGGACCAUCUUAACAAAAGAGGGACAUCCUGCAGAAAUUAUCGAAAAAGUGUUCGCCGAGGCUGGCCAAACAGGGACCGUGCGUGCUUUCGAGAUACCGCCGACAAAAGGACGCACACGUUACGCUCGAGACAUUGCCCAAAUUCUGACUCGUCAGGACCUUCCAAUUGACGAAGCAACCGAUCGAUUCUCUCUCCUGGAGUAUGAUCAUGCCACUCUCUUCGAAGGCGGUGAUAAGAGCUGGGUUGAUGCCGCAGUGAAGGAUAUGCUGAGCUUUCUGGGGCUUACGUACGAGGACGUCAAGGACCGUGCCGAGGAAAUCGAAAACGAGCUGAAGCGUCGUCGCGGUUUCAUUUAA